UGGGCGGCUUCCUUGAUCCAGCCCCAGGAAGGAGCUCGGUGGCCUGUUGGGCGCGGUCGCAGCUCUCGCAGGGGCCUAGCAAAGCCGGGCCGGGGCGCGGGAGCGGAAGCGGGCGGCGGAGCAGGUUUCCGGGCGGACCGGGCCUGGGGACCGAGUUCGCCGCUGCACCGAGCGGAGCGGAGCGGGGCGGCCGCAGCAGCGAGGGAGCCGGUUGGGUGUCGCCAUGAGCCGCCUGCGGGAGGACGAGGAUCCCUACGUGAUCGAGGAGCCGAGCGAUGAGGAGCCGGGGCAGAGCAGCUCAGAAGAUGAAGUGGAUGUGCUUUUAUAUGGCACUCCCGAUCAGAAGCGCAAACUGAUAAGGGAGUGCCUUACUGGAGAAAGUGAAUCUUCAAGUGAAGAUGAGUUCCAAAAGGAAAUGGAGGCAGAACUAAACUGCACCAUGAAAACUAUGGAGGGCAAGUGGAAGUCACUAGAAACAGGUACUUCCUCAAGUACUGGACAAGCUGGAACAGUCACCACUACAAAGUACUAUGACGACAUUUAUUUUGACUCUGAUUCGGAGGAUGAAGAUAAAGUAGGUACACAGGUGGCCAGGAAAAAAAGGAGACAUCAGCAGCGCCGGAUUCCUACUAACGAUGAGCUACUCUAUGAUCCAGAAGAAGAUGAUCGAGACCAAGAGUGGGUGGACUCUCAGAGACGAAGGUACCAAAAUAUAAGAAGAACUCAGCAGCAGCAGUUCAAACCUCCAGCCAUUCCAAACAGUGAUGCUGUUUUGAACUGCCCUGCUUGCAUGACUACAUUGUGCUUUGAUUGUCAGAGACAUGAAUCCUACAAAACACAGUACAGAGCAAUGUUUGUGAUGAACUGCUCAGUUAACAAAGAAGAGGUCCUAAAAUACAAAGGCCCAGUGAACAAGAAAAUAAAGAAAGGGCAUAAGAAAAUGAAACACAGCAAUGAGAUCAUCACUGUGCAAGCAAAUCAGGAAGAGGAGGAAGUAUAUCAUCCAGUCAAAUGUACCGAAUGUUCAACUGAAGUGGCAGUCUUGGAUAAAGAUGAAGUUUUCCAUUUCUUCAAUGUUCUAGCAAGUCACUGUUAAUGUGGAAAAACAGCUGUGCUGUUUGACUGUAUGAAAUCUCAAAAAUGUGGACAAUAUUUUAUCCUUUU